ACGAUGCAAGACUAACUGGGGCGAAGACAGCGGACUUUUAUUGCCCUAUUUCCAAAGACGAGACAUUGCGCACGGGCAUUAACGACUGCAGCAACUACAACCCAGACUUUUUUUAUAUAAUCAUUGAAUCCUUUGUUAUUUCUUUCACUGCUGUCAUCGUAGUAUGUCUGCACUUCGAAAGAAAUUUGGGGACGAUUAUCAGGUAGUGACCACCUCAUCUAGCGGGUCUGGAUUCAAUCAGCCUCCCCCAGAGAAAAAGAGGAAGAGGCAGCGGUUCGUGGACAAGAACGGGCGAUGUAACGUCCAGCAUGGGAACCUGGGUGGUGAAACCAGCAGAUACCUCUCAGACUUAUUUACAACACUAGUAGAUUUGAAAUGGCGCUGGAAUCUAUUUAUUUUCAUCCUCACCUACACAGUCGCUUGGCUCUUCAUGGCCUCUAUGUGGUGGUGCAUCGCAUACAUCAGAGGAGACCUCAACAGAGCCCACAAUGACAAGUACACUCCAUGUGUGGCCAAUGUCUAUAACUUUCCCUCAGCCUUUCUCUUCUUUAUAGAGACCGAGGCCACUAUAGGAUAUGGUUACAGAUACAUCACUGACAAAUGCCCCGAGGGGAUCAUUCUCUUUCUUUUCCAGUCGAUCCUCGGAUCGAUCGUCGAUGCCUUUCUGAUCGGCUGCAUGUUUAUCAAGAUGUCUCAGCCCAAAAAACGGGCCGAGACUUUGAUGUUCAGUGAACAUGCGGUCAUUUCUAUGCGAGAUGGAAAACUAACUCUCAUGUUCAGGGUCGGCAACCUGCGUAACAGCCAUAUGGUCUCGGCACAGAUCCGCUGCAAAUUGCUGAAAUCUCGCCAGACGCCCGAGGGCGAGUUUCUUCCGCUGGAUCAGUUGGAGCUGGACGUGGGUUUCAGUACCGGGGCAGACCAGCUCUUCCUCGUCUCACCACUCACGAUCUGCCAUGUGAUUGACACCAAAAGCCCUUUCUACGACCUCUCCCAGAGGUCCAUGCAAACAGAGCAGUUUGAAAUUGUGGUGAUACUAGAAGGAAUAGUAGAGACUACAGGGAUGACCUGCCAAGCGAGGACGUCUUACACCGAGGACGAGGUUCUGUGGGGACACCGCUUCUUCCCGGUCAUCUCCUUAGAGGAAGGCUUCUUUAAGGUGGACUACUCUCAGUUCCACGCCACAUUCGAGGUGCCCACCCCUCCAUACAGCGUGAAGGAAGCGGAAGAGGCUCUGCUCCUCUCCUCGCCCCUCAUGGCUCCAUCUCUGUGCAACAGCGGGGAGAAAAACAGCUCUCUGGACUGCCUGGAGAUCCUGGAGGACAAUGACAGCACCACCAAGCUGCCCACCAAGCUCCAGAAGAUCACAGGGCGGGAAGGCCUGCCCAAGAAGCUACUAAGGAUGAGCUCCACCACCUCAGAGAUGACUUACAACUUUGGAGACCUGCCCAUGAAGCUGCAGCGAAUCAGCUCUGUUCCUGGUGUCUCUGAUGAUAAGCUGAGCGGUAAGGCCUCCAAGAUGAGCACAGAGCCCAUGAGUAAGUCAGUGGCGGACUUACCUCCCAAGCUGCAGCGACUGGCUGGGGGGGGAGGGGGCAGGAUGGACGGACACCUGCCGCCCAAACUCAGAAAGAUGAAUUCAGAUCGCUUUACAUAGAGCCGGCAACAUAUUUUAACUUAUGCCAUCCACCUUUAUUUCCCUACCUAAAGUCCUUGUACUAUCCCUAAUUUAUUAAUGGACAAUAUUCUUAUAUUAAAAGAAAUGUAGAAUAUGUGCACAAAUA